AUGUCAUUCUCCUCCUCCUCCUCUUCUUCUUCUUCUCCUCCUGAUACUGAAACUCCCAAUUCACCUGAUUCACCUGAUCCGAUAUCAAGCGACACAUUUCUCAGCUCAGCGUAUCGAAACCUAUCUAAUGAUCCCGACAAGCUCCAAAGAUUGUUAAGUAACGUUUCGACACAUGCUUUCGCAGAGCAAUUUCCCGCUUUCCAAGGUCAAUGGAUGUUGACUGAAUAUAAUGGUCAAAUCCAAUAUAUCAGAAUAGAUAAUCUUGGUAAUCUAGCUACGGUUGCGAGUCCUACUUCGACCAAGAAAGCUGAAGGUAUUAGAGGGAGAUUAAAAAGUCAUUAUCCAUCAAGUUUUACCAAACAUAGAUUGAUCGCAGGAAAAGAAACAGAAGAGCAUAGUCAGACAGUGACAGAUACAAGAGAUAUUGAUAGAGUCACAGCGUCUAUUGAAGAAAUAAACGUGUCUACUUCGGGAAAGAAAAAGAAGAGAAACAAGAAAAGAAAAGGUAAGAAAAUCGUCAAUCUGAUGGAAGAAGCUAUCAGUCUUGCAGAAAAGGAAGAUAAACAUAAAGAAGAAGAAGACGAUAGGCAGAAGGACGAAGAUGAACAAUCUGAAGAUCAAGAAGAAGUCGAAGUCGUACUGAGUGACCAAAAAGAAGAAUUACAUAAAUCCGAGGAAGUAAAUUUCUCAAAUAUCUGUACAACCGAACAAAGUAGAGCAACCAUUCAAUCCUCCUUCUCUACACCAUCUCAUCAUCAUACAAUCGGCGAACAACUGGUAAUCGAAGAAGACUCUCCUCCUCAUCCACAAAUCCAAAACAAUAUCAUCUAUUUCGGCGAUAUCCCCACUUACAUAGUCCCGCCCGACAGUGAAGAAAUCGAAGAACCUCACGACGAAAAUCAAAACUUAAUUACCGAACUCGAAGGUGAACAUCUUGUCACUCCUACUUCCACCACACUUAACAAGCUCUCCUACACUGCUACACCAUUCAUUCCUAGACACAUUCCUAAUAUGUCUAAUCUCACUCCUCCCCAGAGUCCUCCUACACAGGGAGAGGAUUUUCAAUGCUCAGACUCCCAACCUCAGGUCAUAUUGACCACCUUCAAUAGUGGCGAAAGACCACUUACCCCGCCGUCGGAAGCUGAAGAAGAAGUAGAUGAAAAAGAUGACUCACUUGUUUUCCCAUCUAAUAAAGUCCAGGAGGAGACCAUCAUCCCAUCAAUCACAGUAGAUACUCCCACAUCACCUUCAUUAAACAUACACCCACUUACUCACUCGUGGACAUUGCACUUCUCCGACACGUCAAAAUCUCGUCAGCGCAAAGUGACCGUUCCUACCCCUCUGGGUACUCAACCGAAUGCUGCUGACUACUCCUCUCAUCUCGUAACUCUUUUCAAUGCAUCCAGCUUGGAAGACUUAUUUGGUGCUUGGAAAGCUCUUCGAAGAGCCAUCGCCAAUUCCAAGAAAAGAAUUAUCGAACUACUCGGUGAUAGCUCUCUUCGAGGUGGACCAGGUUUAGGCACUUUCCUCUUUCCCGACGAAACCAAUUUCCACUUUUUCAAAGCUGGCAUUAAACCAAUGUGGGAAGAUAAAAUGUGUCAAAAAGGUGGCAAGAUCAUGAUUGCCGGUGAAGCUCAAGCUAUGGACAAGCUCUUUCUCGACGCCAUACUUAUGCUAAUUUCAGGUGACAUCGAUGAUAACUGUCCCCCACCCCCAGGAAUGGAUUGUCAAAUUUGUGGAAUAGUCCUAUCUAGAAGGAAAUUGACAAGAAUGGAAAUCUGGGUAGGAGGAACUACCGUACCUGAACAAGGAUGGAUCAAUGAUAUCACAACAUUUAUAGAAGAUAAGUUUCAAGGAUUCAAAGUUUAUGGAUACAAGUCGUUUGGAAAGCAUUGA